AUGAGUCUCCGGGUACUAGACUUCUCUGCUAAUCAUCUGAUGGGUGAGUUGCCACAGUGUUUAUCAAACUUGACUUCACUCCAAAGCUUUUCUGUAGAAGAUAAUCAAUUAUCCGGAGAUAUAUCUCUGUCUCCCCUACCAUAUCUUUUCUCCCUCAAACAGAUUGACGUCCACGGCAAUCAAUUCCGAAUUCCGAUCUCUCUCUUCCCAUUUUUCAACCACUCUCGUCUUCAAUCUUUCUGGGGAGGUAAUAACCAAGAAAUUUAUGGAGACGACCAUCUUGAUCAGGUACAGCUGAGAAAAGUGGAAUUAUAUUCGCGACUUGGUUAUGGUGGAUAUGUUGGACCGUUCCCUAAAUUUCUCUACCACCAGGCCAACUUGGGGUUCAUUUCUAUCUCAAACGUCAACAUAACUGGAGUUGUUGCUGGGUUCCCGUGGUGGUUGGUGACUAACAAUACACAUUUGGAGUUUCUUUAUCUCCACAACUGUUCACUUUCAAGGCAUUUUCAAUUCCCAAUCCACCAACAAUUACAACGAGGAAUUAGAUAUCCCACCAAUGACUUCUUUCCCAGUCCCAUCCCACCUGAUAUAUGUGCGUUCUUUCCCAACAUAGAUUUCCUAUCUUUAUCUGAUAAUGAAUUCUAUGGUAAAAUACCAUUGCAAUUGUCAAAUUGUUCAUCAUUCAGAUUAUUAGAUGCUAGUAAUAAUCUACUACGAGGUGAAAUUCCAAGAUGGAUUUGGAAUAUGUCUGUCGGCUCCAUUCUAGACCUCUCAAGGAACAAAUUCUCAGGACAUCUACCUCCAGGUUUCAUUUCUCCAUUGAUGGAUGAAGUUUAUCUAUCGAGAAAUCAGUUGGAAGGAAACUUGCCUGCCACACUAUCAGAUAGUCAAGAUGUAGGUGUCUUGGAUCUUAGUCACAAUCAUUUGAUGGGUACAAUCCCAAAAUGGAUUGGUGGAUUGCGUCAACUGAGUUAUAUCUUAUUGAAUGACAACCAGUUUCAUGGUGGUCUUCCAGGUACAUUUUGCUUGGAAACUUCGAAGUUGAUUGACGUUUCUCACAAUCAUCUAUCUGGUUAUAUUGGCUCCGAAAUAUUAACAUCAAAUGACACCAAUUGCAAUGUACACAACGCACACUAUCGGCCUAAGCAUGAACUGGAGUUUGUCACAAAGACAAAAUUAUAUACUUAUAAGGGGAUGCCUCUCUUUUUAAUGUCUGGCUUAGAUUUGUCAAGCAACAAUUUCACCGGAGAGAUCCCUCCUCAAAUCGGCAAUCUAGGUGACAUUAAAGUCCUUAAUCUUUCAUACAACAUGUUCACAGGACACAUCCCGACGACUAUUGCAAAUCUAUCACAGAUUGAAAGUUUGGAUCUUUCUCAUAAUGAUUUGAGUGGGGUGAUUCCUUCUCAACUCAUGGAGUUGCACUAUCUAUCCACUUUUAGUGUGGCUUACAACAACUUAUCUGGUAAGUGUCUUCAAAAGAUUGCACAAUUUAGUACAUUUGAUGAAAAUAUCUACCGAGGAAAUCCUCUUCUUAACUGCACAUUACCACUCAUGACACCAAAUCCACUGGUAAGACCGACAACAUAUGAUGGUGAUGAAGAAGGAGAAGGGGGGUUCAUUGACAUGGAGAGUUUCUACGUCAGUGGCUCGAUAUCUUAUGUCAUGGUGUUGUUGGUAAUAGCGAGUGUUUUGCAUAUAAAUCCAUAUUGGCGACGCAUAUGGUUUUAUUGCGUUGGUGUCACCAUAACUACUUGCUAUUAUUUUGUGGUGGACCAUCUUCCAGUGCCAACAAGGUACAAGGUGUGGGAACCUCGUGUAUAG